AAGAUGGCGCUGCUCAGGGAGGUGAGGCGUCCGCAGCGGGGGCGGUGGGUGCUGUGAAGAGCGCGGAGGAGUGGCGACGUCUGCACUGUCGGUUGCAGGUGGUGGAGGGUGAAGGCUCCAGCUCUUGGACCGCAGUGAAUGAACUGCAGCAGCUCUCCCUCCUCGAAGCUGGAGAAGGUUGCUGCUUUUCGGGUCCGCUUGGCGGGGUGAGGAGCCCAGAGGCCGAGGCGUUUCUAGUCACCCGGCUUCCCCAGAGCCCUAGGCCUGGAGACAUGACCCGAGAGUGCCCGGGCCCAGCCCGGGAGCCCGGGGCGCCGCCGAGCGGGCCGGUGCUGGCCGAGGCUGCGGUAGUGUUCGCAGUGGUGCUGAGCAUCCACGCCGCCGUGUGGGACCGGUACUCGUGGUGCGCCGUGGCCCUCGCAGUGCAGGCCUUCUACGUUCAGUACAAGUGGGACCGGCUGCUGCAGCAGGGCAACGCCGUCUUCCAGUUCCGGAUGUCUGCAAACAGCGGCCUGCUGCCCGCCUCCAUGGUCAUGCCUUUGCUCGGACUGGUCAUGAAGGAGCGCUGCCAGGCUGAGGGGAACCAACACUUCGAACGCUUUGGCGUCGUGGUAGCAGCCACUGGCAUGGCAGUGGCCCUCUUUUCCUCGGUGUUGGCGCUGGGUAUCACUCGUCCGAUGCCCACCAACACCUGUGCCAUCUCGGGUUUGGCCGGAGGUGUCAUCAUUUAUAUAAUGAAGCACUCACUCAGUGUGGGCGAAGUGAUCGAAGUCCUAGAAGUCCUGCUGAUCUUUGUUUAUCUCAACAUGAUCCUGCUGUAUCUGCUACCCCGCUGCUUCACUCCUGGGGAGGCUCUGCUGGUGUUAGGUGGCAUCAGUUUUGUCCUCAACCAACUCAUCAAGCGGUCUCUGACUGUGGUAGAAAGCCAGGGGGACCCCGUGGACUUCUUCCUGCUGGUGGUGGUGGUAGGGAUGGUGCUCAUGGGUAUCUUCUUCAGCACCCUCUUUGUCUUCAUGGACUCUGGAACCUGGGCCUCCUCCAUCUUCUUCCACCUCAUGACCUGUGUGCUGGGUCUUGGCAUAGCCCUGCCUUGGCUGCACUGGCUCAUCCACAGGAACCCCCUGCUGUGGCUUCUUCAUUUCCUCUUCCGAACAGAAACCCGCAUCUACCUCCUAGUCUAUUGGUCUCUGCUGGCCAUCUUUGCCUGCCUGGUGGUGCUGUACCAGAAUGCCAAGCGGUCAUCUUCCGAGUCUAAAAAGCACCGGCCCCCUGCCAUCACCAGGAAGUAUUUUCACUUCAUCGUGGUAGCCACGUACAUCCCAGGAAUUAUGUUUGACCAGCCACUGCUCUAUGUGGCCGCCACAGUAUGCCUAGCAGUCUUCAUCUUCCUGGAGUACGUGCGCUACUUCCGCAUCAAGCCCUUGGGUCACACUCUGCGGAGCCUCCUGUCCCUAUUCCUGGAUGAACGAGACAGUGGGCCACUCAUCCUGACACACAUCUAUCUGCUCCUGGGCAUGUCUCUUCCCAUUUGGCUCAUCCCCAGACCUUGCACACAGAAGGGCAGCCUCGGGGGAGCAAGGGCCCUGGUGCCCUAUGCCGGGGUCCUGGCCGUGGGUGUGGGAGAUACUGUGGCCUCCAUUUUCGGCAGCACCGUGGGGGAGAUCCGCUGGCCUGGAACCAAGAAGACUUUUGAGGGGACCAUGACGUCUAUAUUUGCACAGAUCAUUUCUGUAGCUCUGAUCUUGAUCUUUGACAGUGGAGUGGACCUGAACUACAGUUACACCUGGCUUUUGGGGUCCAUCAGCGCUGUGUCCCUCCUAGAAGCAUACACUUCGCAGAUAGACAACCUCCUUUUGCCUCUCUACCUCCUGAUAUUGCUGAUGGCCUAGCUCCCGUGCAGCAGCAGUGAGGGAGGAAACAGGGACAUGGGAAGGAUGAAUGGGGCCCACAGCAGCCUGCCAUUUGGGCUCAAAGAGCCAAGGGCAAAAAGCAGGUUUGGUUUCCAGGUGAUUCAGACUGAAAAUAAAAAGGCAAAGCUCUUCUGAUUUUA